AUCUACCCCACUCCUUUUCAAGUCGUCUUCCCCAAAUUAUCAGUUGUAGCAAUUUUGUGGCUAUAAAUUUCUGAAUACACAUCAAAUCUAGGGUUUCCAUAUUCCUCAACUCCAUCUCAUUUCUCUGCAAAUCCAUCGAUCAUGGAGGUGAAGGCUAAAGCCCUGAACUUUAUGCUGUAAUCGAACUUGAUUGGUCAAAGUUUGGAGCUUUAGUUGGUGGAAGACAUGAAGCAAUGACCACCACACUUCAAGAUUUGGAUGAUCCUGAUCGGAACAAGGUUGAAAGCAAUGGUUCCAAUGUUAUUAAUCACAAUACCCCUAUUUUAGAUGAGUCUAAAGGUAAAGGUAUUGAAACUGCGGACCCAGUGGGUUCACCUCCCUCAGUGAAAUCCUCACCAACAGCUAAAGGAUUUGGCUUGAAGAAAUGGAGGAGGAUCAGGCGGGAAGCACACAAGGAUGAGGACAGUAACACAGACAGUGCUAAGUUGUUGAAGCGUGGUUUGUCGAGCUCUGCUGCAAACUCAGCAAAACCUGUACAUUUGUCCACUGGAUCGAUCCGAAAUAGUGAUGGAUCUGUUUCUUCAGUAAAUGCACUAUUGGGUAGCCCUGAUGUUCUUGUUGAUGGCUUUGGUCUUAUUGGUAAUUCUGGGUUGGCGAUUCAGCCUAUAUUUUUGGGUGGAACAGACUCGGAAAAUAGUGAGGAUCGGAGUAGUAGGUCUUCGACUGCAGCCAGUGCUCCAAAGUCAAGGUACGAAGCAUCUGUUUUCCAUGGUUAUAUGCCUGUUAAGAGUGGGCCAGGGACUCUGAGUGGGAAGAUGGGUACUUCAGCUCAGCAAUCUCAUCGGGGAAAGGGUCAGGCUGAAAUUACUAAAAAGCCUAGAGGAGAAAGGGUCAAAAUAGAGAAGGAAAACUCUCAUUCAAGCAUGGAAUCCGACUCACAAAGCUCCAAUUUUCUACCUAGGCAGAGUAAUAAUCAUGCAACAAGUAAUGGUAUGAAAGGUGAAAGCUCAGUGAAUAAUGAUGGACAAUUCAGUGAUGAAGUUCUCACCAGAGAAAGACCAUUCAGCGAGGAACUUCAGACUGCUCUAGACAGAAGAAAUGGUAAGGAGUGUGAAACUCAAGAAGAUCUAGGCGCUGAAUCCGCCUGGGAGGUUAAAGAAGAGAGGAGUGAGUAUCAGGGGUUGUCCACAGAUCAUGAUCCUCUGCUGGAGUCUAUCUUCACCCUUCAAGCUGCUCAGGAAAAUCUUGAAAGAGAAAUUCGGAAAUGGAAAGAAAUUAGAAUAGAAGAUGAUGUCAUUGACCAUUCUGUUCGGGAUGUUGGUAUUAUUUCAGACUUCAGUUCAGGUGACACAGAUUUUCCUGGACCAAACACAUCUGAACAGUCACAACCCAGUAACAGUGUGCAACAUUCAUUUAACUCGUUGGAGUCUGAAGUAGUCAGCUUAAAGCAGAAUGUUAUACUAUUGCAAAACAAGCUUAAUGAUGAAGCAAACUUGAUCAAGUUAAAGGAAGCCAGAGUUGCUGAACUGGAAGCCAUCUUAAGUCGUAACACGGAGAAGGAAGAAAAGAAAACAGGAAAUGACUUGCACCAGAGUAGUGGGGACAUUGAAAAAGAGCUUGAGGGCCUCUUUAGGCAGAAGAUUGAAGCUGAACUUGAGUAUUUAGUAAUAUCAAGAACCAUCCAAAAGUGGAGAGCUGCAGCAGUUGAUCAAGUUACUCUCAUGGAAGAACAAAAAAUAUUAGCUACCGAACAAGCACAGAUGGUAAAGAAGCUCGGAGAUUCAGAAACAGAGGUUGCAAUGCACAAGUCACAGGUUGAAAUCUUGGACAAUUACUGUGAUAAUGUAGCCAGCACUAAUAAAACACUGGAGCUGCGGAAGGGAGUCUGCAAGUAUAGUUCCUAUUUUUUGAUACAAUUGGUAUUGUUGGUUAUCGUCUUUGGACUGUAUAUGUUGCAGAUGUCAUCUGAUGCUGUUGAAGUUGUGCCAACAUAAUUUUGAGAUGUGAGCCUUUUUUCCCUUUCUCUUGUAUUUUCAACAUAGAGCAACGACCAAUGUUAAUUUAGUCGUUUUAUAUGUUCAUACAUAGAUGGAACACCUACUUUCUUUUUUGUCAAGUCGAUAUUGAAUUCAAUGAUAAAUAUAAAAAAUGGUUUGGUGGCUCAUAAGUUUUGGCAUUUGCAGAUAUUGACCAUCAAAUAGUUGUAAUCUGA